GUGGAUACAAUGCUCUUGGGGAGUGUGUUCUAAUUUUCGUGAUGUCGCUCGAUCGCAGAAAGGCUGGGGUUUUUGCCGCGGCUUUUCUCUUGCGCCUUCUUCUUAUCGUCCUUUUUCCCUCUCUCCCUGACUUGUUGACGGGCCGAGUUGAGGUCUCGACCCCGGUUAGCAGUUUCAAGAGACUUCAGGAAGGUCUUUUCCUAUACACGCGGAAUGUGUCCCCUUAUGAUGGAGGUGUCUUUCACCAGGCGCCACUUCUCCUUCCCAUUUUUGCUCUGCUCCCCAAUUCGAGGGAUAGUCCGCUGCCGAGUGUGAUCUUCUACUCGUUGAUCGACCUGUUGAAUGCGAAUGCGUUGAUCGCCAUCUCCGAUUCGGGACAAGCGGUUUCGGGGAGGUUCUACUCGGCACUACGGAAGCAUAUCAGAUGGGACGGGUUUGCGAUUGCUGCAUGGUUUUUGUUCAACCCCUUCACUAUCGCAACAUGUUUGGGCCGGUCAACCAUGGUGUUCACCACCAGCGGAAUCCUCUACGCAGUCAGCAGUGCGGUCAGUGGCAACAGCUUCAAUGCGAUGCUGGCUUUGGGAUGGGCGUCGUACCUGUCCAUCUACCCCGCGCUGUUAUUCAUUCCUUUGGUUCUCCUGUGCUAUGACGUGCGCGCGCAAAGAACCAAGGCCGCUCCUGGACUCGCCGUCUUCGUGUUGCAGCACUUGGCGGUCCUCCUAUUGAGUGUUGCCGGUCUACUGGGAAUGUCCUUCCUGAUUAUCGGCAACUUUUCACAAAUCAUCUCUGCCACGUACGGCUUUCAGCUCCUCGUGCCGGACUUGACGCCCAACGUCGGCCUCUGGUGGUACUUCUUCAUCGAGAUCUUCGACUCUUUCCGAGAGUUCUUCCUCGGCGUUUUCUGGCUACAUCUCACCGCAUAUGUGGGUGGGUUGACCGUGCGAUUGCGACGUCAACCGCUUUUCGUCUGUACGGCUCUGCUGGGAGUGUUCGCCAUCUUCAAACCCUAUCCUAGUAUCUCCGACGCUUCCUUGUUCCUCGCACUUCUGCCACUCUAUCGACACCUCUUUCCAUUGAUGCGCUAUACGUUCUUCGCGGUCGCGGCGAUUCUGUACGCCACCCUUCUGGGUCCCGCGUUCUACCACCUGUGGAUCUACGCAGGCUCCGGGAACGCCAACUUCUUCUAUGCCAUCACGCUGGUGUGGAGUCUUGGACUUUCAAUCUUGCUGGCGGACACCAUAUUCGCCGCCCUCCGAGACGAGUGGGAGCUGGAGAACCCACAUCUGCGGGGCAAGGAUGUGAAACAAGUGUAGUGCACAAUUCCGUAGCUUCAUCAUAUAUACUAUGUAUCUG